GAAAUAAAACCGAGUUUGGGCUUCCUGUGAUGAACCAUGGUCAGCGUUCACAAGUGUCUACUUAUGCGCAGUAGAAAUACACGCUGUCAAAAUCCAAGAUGGCGGACGCAGAAGACGAUGAAGCUUUCCUUUACGGAGAUGACGAAGAUAAUAAAAAAGACGCACCAAUAAAGGAAGAAAAGGAUCAAGAAAUUACAAGUGCCGAGGAGAAUGUUCUGCUGAAAGAAGAUGAAAUCAAGAACGCACCUGAUGACAAAGAAACCAAAGAAAAUGAACCACCGGCUAAGGAUGAUGAUGAUGAUGAUGAUGCAAAAGAGGCUGGAGAGCUGAGCAAUGAAGAUGAUGAAGAUGAUGAUGAUGAUGAUGAUGACGACGACGAUGAUGUCCAAGUCACCAUUGGUGAAAUCAAUACUUCUGGAACUACAUAUGGUGCUCCAUAUGCAACCCCAGUUAACUGGAACUUCAAAGGAGGUGCCGUGUCAUCUGCAACAAAAGGGACACCAGCUGCAGGAAGUAAACAUCUUGACCUGAAUGCUGAGGGUACUGUUAAUGGUGUAGGAAUUUAUGAGUUUGACAUGGAGUCUGUAGAGGAGAAGCCUUGGAGAAAACCAGGUGCUGAUAUCACAGAUUAUUUUAACUAUGGAUUCACAGAAGACACUUGGAAGCAGUAUUGUGAAAAACAGAGGCGAAUGAGAAUGGAACUAACUAUGCAAAAGAAAAUUUUUACACAUCACGUGGGUGCACCUAUUGCCGCCGGCCAACCAGACAUGGCUGCUGUCAUGGGAACUGAUGCUCGUGUUGCUCGCAAAGCUGGACCUCCACCAGAGCGACGCACAGAAGGAAGCAUUGAUGUUAUAGGAGCAGUAGGAUCAAGAGUUGAAAGCCGACGUCAUCAAGAUGACGAGAUAAUACCACCUCACAUGAUGGGUGACGGAAUGCCUCCUGACGCUAGAGCAAGAGGAAUGCCGAAAAGAGGCUUCCCAGGCAACCAAAACAUGCCUCCAGGAAUGCCUCCUGUCUCAGGUCCUCCAAUGCAGUACCUCCCCACCUCAGAACACUCCAUGGGCCCACCUCCACACCUCGGAGGGCCUCCUAUAUCAUCAAUGGCAGGCCCACCAAACAUGCCUAUGAAUCAGAACAUGCCCCCACGGUUCCCCCCUGGUGGCCCCCCAGGAGGUCCUGGUGGAAUGCCUGGUAUGAUGCCACCAGGAAUGCAGCAGCCACCUCCAGGUGUUAAUCAACCUCCUGGUUUUCCACAAGACGGAAUGCCACAGGAUGCACAAGGAUUUUCUGGCCGUAGUGGUGUACCUGGUCAUGGUAGGGGUAGAGGUAGAGGGUUUCCAGGAAUGCCUGGUAUGCCACCCCCAGGAGAAUUCCCUCCAGGAAUGGACGAUAGAGGUGCACCACGUAUGACAUUUGAAGACGGCAUACCACACUUCUUCCCAGGAGAUCCAAUGCAGCCCUUCCCGCACAUGAUGGGCCCACCCCCUCACGGUAUCCCAUGGGAAGGACUGGGACGAGGGUUUAUGCACCCAAACUUUCGAGACCAGUUUGCAGUUGGUCUUCCGCGGCCUGGUGGAGAGAGCCCGGGGCGACCACGGAGUGAUGAUGACAGUGAAUACGCGAGCAGUGAAGAUGAAAGGCGACGAGAACGAGAACACAAGAAAAGAGAUAAAGAUAAAGAUAGAGAAAGAAGCAGAGAACACAGAGAAAGAACACGUGAUCGUCAUUCAGAUCGUGACCGGUCACCGCGGCGUGAGCGUGACCGAGACAGGCGUGACCGUGAUCGUGACCGUGAAAGCAGACGACAUCGUGAUCGCGGAGAUAAAGAUCGCGAAAAGGGGAGCGACAGAGAUCGAGAAAAACGAGAGGAACGAUCAAGUCGUCGAGAAAGAUCGAAAGAACAAAAAAAAAGACACAAGGCUUCAAGCGAAGCACAGAGUGCAGACGGACAAGAAGAAGGAGAGGUCGUAUCUAGCAGAAGGAAGAGCCGUAGAACACGUGAAUCAAAACAACAAGAAGCUAAAGUAGAACCAAGCGAACAGGAAGAAGGCCAACUACCAUCACCAUGAACAUUACCAUGGCAACAGUUGUCAUGGAUACAUGUCAUCAUUUGUUAGCACCAACCAAACUGCGUUUUUCGUUACAUUCGUGUACAUUGAAUGAGUUAAUAAAUGGGAUAAAGAAUCUUUUCCCAUUCAUACAUA